UGACGACGACGACUUCUUCAGUAGAAACAGGUUCAAGUUAGAGCUUGAAAGAGAGAGAGAGUGUGUGAAGCGAAGGUUGAGAAGAGAAUGGCAAGAACAUCUUCCACCACGAAGGAUGCACAAGAUCUAUUCCGCGCGAUUUGGUCUGCAUAUUCCGCCACACCUACUAAUCUCAAGAUCAUCGAUCUCUAUGUUGCAUUCGCAGUUUUCACCGCUCUCCUUCAGGUAGUUUACAUGGCUCUGGUUGGAACAUUUCCAUUUAACUCCUUCCUUUCUGGAGUACUCUCUUGCGUAGGAACCGCGGUUUUGGCCGUUUGUCUCCGGAUCCAAGUCAACAAAGAGAACAAGGAAUUCAAGGAUCUUGCGCCCGAACGUGCUUUUGCUGAUUUUGUUCUCUGCAAUUUGGUGCUUCAUUUGGUGAUCAUGAACUUCCUUGGUUAAAUUAGUUUGGUGCGGUUUUGUUGUUUCCUAGAGAACCCUCGGAUGAUAAAGAUCAAUAGUACUUACAUACAUGAGUUUUAUCAAACAGUACUUAAUGACAGUCACUGAGAUUUAGCAAAUUAUUGUAGUUUCAUGUUGAGAUGCUAGAGAUUUUUCAUCUUUAAACUAUGCUAUUAUUGAUGAAUUCGAUAAGGUUUUUCGCAUGA